UCGGUUUUUCAAGCUCUCUAGUUCUUCUGCAUUGCCUAAGCCAAAGCCUUUCUCUGUAACCCAUUCAAAGCUUUUUUGGAGAUGGCGAGAACCAAGCAAACAGCGAGGAAAUCUACCGGCGGCAAGGCUCCAAGGAAGCAGCUUGCCACUAAAGCCGCUCGGAAAUCUGCUCCGGCUACUGGAGGGGUCAAGAAGCCCCAUAGGUUCAGGCCAGGAACCGUGGCGCUCAGGGAGAUCAGGAAGUACCAGAAGAGUACGGAGCUCUUGAUCCGAAAGCUACCAUUUCAGAGGCUGGUCCGUGAGAUUGCUCAGGACUUCAAGACCGAUCUUAGGUUUCAAAGCAGCGCCGUUUCGGCCUUGCAAGAGGCAGCCGAGGCAUAUCUGGUUGGAUUGUUUGAAGAUACGAAUCUCUGUGCCAUUCAUGCUAAGAGGGUUACCAUCAUGCCCAAGGAUAUUCAAUUGGCUCGAAGGAUCAGAGGGGAGAGGGCUUAGGUCUAGAAUUCAAUGAUCAAAUUGUUCAGUUUCGUUGUUUCAUCUUUAUUUCUAAUCGUAUAGAGAGAAGUGCUUCUUUAGUCCUUGUCUAUUGUUGAUGAUGGAAUCUACUGUAUUAACUCACUGAAAUUAAACAGCGUUUUGUUCGAUAAA